AUGUAUGCUGACGACAUAUGCAUGGACUAUAGUGACAGGAACAGAAAAGUCAAAGUGUCAGCAUGGGUUAAAGCUAAAACUCCAAAAAAGUUUUUAGAAUACAAUAGAAAAAUAUAUCCCCCACAAGCAAUUGGGGAAGAGCCUAGACCAGCAUUUGUGUGUCAUCAAAAAACCAAUUUAAAGUAUAGCCCAAAAAAGUUGUGGUAUGUUGCUAGUUUUGUCCGAGGUAUGACUGUUGAUGAAGCUGUGAAACAAUUAAGUUUUGUUAACAAAAAAGGUGCUGUAUUUAUUAAAGAAGCUAUAUUGGAAGCUCAGGAAAAAGCAGUUAUGGGCCACAAUGUGGAAUACAAAAGCAAUUUAUGGAUAGCUGAAUCCUUUGCCAAUAAAGGAAUGGUAGUAAAAGGCAUAAGAAGACAUGCUCGACAAAGAAUGGGUGAAGUACGCUACAUGUACAGCCAUUAUUUUGUAAGAUUAGAAGAAGGAAAACCACCUAAAGAUUAUUAUAAAAGAAAUGAUUUAACACCGCAAGAGCAACUUGAUGCUUGGAUGGAGCAAAUGAGAAAGAGAAAAAUAACUAAUUCAUAC